UUUAACUUCCGCCUCCGUCAUGGCGGCACUGUGCUGCUUCUAAAUAACAAGUGUGUCUGACCACGGAAAGUGCAGGAAAGGAGUGUUAUUGUGAACGUCAUGGCGGCUCAUAAACCUGCCGAAUGGGUUCAGGCUGUUAUUAACAGAUUCGACGAGCAGCUCCCAGUCAAAGCCGGGCAACAGACCACACACACCAAAGUCAGCAGUGAGCACAACAGGGAAUGUCUCAUCAACAUCUCCAAGUACAAGUUCUCGCUGGUCAUCAGCGGCCUCACCAACAUCCUGAAGAACGUCAACAAUACGAGAAUCGUUGGCGAGGCUGCAGAGAAGAACCUCUAUCUAUCUCAGCUCAUCAUCCUGGACACGCUAGAGAAGUGUCUCGCAGGGCAACCUAAGCACUGUAUGCGUCUUGAUGAGACGGUGUUGGUGAAGCAGCUCCUCCCAGAGAUCUGUCACUUCAUUUACACAUACAGAGAGGGGAAUCAGUACGCUGCCGAGCUGUGCAGCUCCGCCUCCGGGGUUCUGUUCUCGCUCAGCUGUAACAACUUCAACGCCGUCUUCAGCCGCAUCUCCACCCGGUUACAGGAACUGACUGUGUGUUCAGAAGACACUGUGGACGUCCACGACAUCGAGCUCAUCCGCUACAUUAAUGUGGACUGCUCUAAACUCAAAAGACUCCUGCAAGAAACGGUGUUCAAAUUUAAAGCCCUGAAAAAGCCUGCACAGCUGAGCAUCAUCUACAGUCUAGAGAAGGCGUUCUGGAACUGGGUGGAGAAUUACCCAGAAGAGCUGAGCAUGCUGUACCAGAGACCACAGACAGACAUGGCAGACUGUGCAGAGAAGCUCUUUGACCUGGUGGACAGUUUUGCUGAGAGUGUGAAGAGGAAGGCAGCUGUGUGGCCGCUGCAGGUCCUCCUCCUCAUCCUCUGUCCUAAUAUCAUACAGGAGCUGUCGCAAGAGUUACUAGAGGAGAGCAAGGUCAACAAGAAAGUGUUUAUAGAGAGUCUGAGAAAGGCUCUGCUUGGACAUGGGGGCAACAAGCAGCUGACGGAGAGCGCAGCCAUCGCCGGUGUAAAACUGUGUAAAGCCUCCACUUACAUCAGCUGGGAGGAUCACUCCAUCAUCUUCCUCCUGGUGCAGUCCAUCGUGGUGGACCUGAAGGCUCUGCUGUUUAACCCCUCGAAGCCGUUCUCACGUGGUGCAGGCUGUCAGAGUGCAGACGUGGAUCUGAUGAUCGACUGCUUCGUCUCCUGCUUUCGCAUCAACCCACACAAUAACCAGCAGUUUAAAGUCUGCUUGGCUUCAUCUUCAUCGUCCAUCUUCCACAUAGUGUUGGUGAACUCCCUGCACAGGAUCAUCACAAACUCUAAACUCCACUGGUGGCCCAAGAUCGACGCUGUGUACUGUUACUCAGGCGAGCUGCGCGCCAUGUUCGCCGAGACGCUUGGCUGCAGCACACACACUCCCAUGCGCAUGACGAGUCUGACGUUUAAGGAGAAGGUGACCAGUCUGAAGUUUAAAGAGAAGACCACUGACCUGGACACCAGAAGUCAUCGAUAUCUGCUGCUGGCUCUGGUGAAGCUCAUGCACGCCGACCCCAAGCUCCUGCUGCAUAACCCAGGGAAGAACGGUCAGGAGAUCCAGAGCAGCACAGCCGAGCUCAUCAAAGGGCUCAUGCAGCUGGUGCCCCUCACCAACCUGGCGGAAAUUUCCCAGGAGGCCAUGGAGGCUUUGCUGGUCCUCCAUCAGCCAGAAAUCAUCGAGCUGUGGAAUCCUGACGCUCCCAUGGAGACCUUCUGGGACGUCAGCUCCCAGGUUCUUUACUUCAUCUGCUCCAAGCUCAUUAGAGACCAGCAGAUGAACAGCACCGAGAUACUCAAGUGGCUCCGAGAGAUCCUCAUCUGCAGGAACAAGUUUCUCCAACGGAACAAAGAGCGUGCUGCGACAGGAAGCAGCAUCCCCAUGUGCAGACAGGCCCAGGCCAAGCUGGAGGUGUGUCUCUACAUGUUCCUGUGGAGCCCAGACAUGGAGGCCGUCCUGGUGGCCAUGUCCUGUUUCAGGCACCUCUGCGAAGAGGCUGUAAUCCGCUGCGGCGUGGACGAGGUGCCUGUGCAGACCAUCCUGCCCAACUAUAACACCUUCAUGGAGUUUGCCUCCAUCAGCAACAUGAUGGCUGCAGGUCGAUCAGCCUUACAGAAGCGAGUAAUGGCUUUGCUCAGGAGGAUUGAGCAUCCCACACCUGGCAACACUGAGGCUUGGGAGGACACGCAUGCUAAGUGGGAACACAACACCAAGCUAAUCGUGAACCACCCGAAAGCCAAGUUAGAAGACUGUCAGGAAUGGAUCAACAUGACGGGCUUCUUGUGCGCGCUGGGCGGUGUGUGUCUUCAGCAGAGGAACCCCCCAGGCCUGGCCACCUACAGCCCCACCAUGGGUCCUCUGAGUGAGCGGAAAGGCUCCAUGGUGUCCAUGGGCUCGUGUGAGGGCAACGCCGAAACCCCUCUCAGUAAGUUCCUGGACCGUCUGCUCUCUCUCAUGGUGUGCAACCACGAAAAGGGCGUUCAGAUCCACAACAACGUCAAGGACCUGGUUGGUCUGGAGCUGAGCCCAGCUCUCUACCCCAUGCUCUUCAACAAGCUCAAGAACAGCAUCAGCCGCUUCUUUGAAGCACAAGGGCCGGUGCCGAUCAACGAAACAAACACACAGUUUGUGGAGCAAACCAUUGCCAUCAUGAAGAACCUGUUAGAUAAUCACACAGAGGGCAGCUCUGAACAUCUGGGCCAGGCCAGCAUCGAGAACAUGAUGCUGAACCUGGUCAGGUACGUGCGCAUUCUGGGUAACAUGGUCCAUGCCAUUCAGAUCAAAACCAAGCUGUGCCAGCUGGUGGAGUUGAUGAUGGAGCGCAGAGACGAUCUGUCCUUCUGCCAGGAGAUGAAGUUCAGGAAUAAGAUGGUGGAGUAUCUAACAGACUGGGUCAUGGGAACCUCAAACCAGACAGCUGACGACGACGUUAAGUGUCUGACGAGGGAUCUGGACCAGGCGAGUAUGGAGGCGGUGGUGUCUCUGCUGGCCGGGUUACCGCUCCAACCGGAGGAAGGAGACGGGGUGGAACUCAUGGAGGCCAAAUCUCAACUUUUCCUCAAGUACUUCACACUGUUUAUGAACCUGCUGAAUGACUGCAGCGAGCCGGAGGACGGGCAGCAGGUGGCCGGCUGUAAGACGGGCAUGUCGAGACGCCUGGCGUCGCUGCGCCACUGCACCGUGCUGGCAAUGUCCAAUCUGCUCAACGCCAACGUGGACAGCGGCCUCAUGCACUCCAUCGGUCUGGGCUACCACAAGGACCCGCAGACCCGUGCCACCUUCAUGGAGGUCCUCACCAAGAUCCUGCAGCAGGGCACAGAGUUCGACACGCUGGCUGAGACGGUGCUGGCCGACCGCUUCGAGAGGCUCGUGGAGCUCGUCACCAUGAUGGGCGAUCAGGGAGAGCUGCCCAUCGCCAUGGCACUGGCCGAUGUGGUGCCUUGUUCUCAGUGGGACGAGCUGGCGCGGGUUCUGGUCACACUGUUUGAUUCUCGUCACCUGCUUUAUCAGCUGCUGUGGAACGUGUUUUCUAAGGAAGUUGAACUUGCCGACUCCAUGCAAACGCUCUUCAGAGGGAACAGCCUGGCCAGUAAAAUCAUGACCUUUUGUUUUAAGGUCUAUGGUGCUACGUAUCUACAGAAGCUUCUGGAGCCCCUUCUUCGUGGAGUCAUAACAUCUCCUGAGUCGCAGAUGAUCAGUUUCGAGGUGGAUCCCACCAGACUGGACCACAGUGAAGUGUUGGAGGAAAACCAGCGCAGGCUGCUGAACAUGACCAACCGCUUCUUCCUGGCCAUCAUCACCUCCUCGAGUGAUUUCCCUCCACAGCUGAGGAGUGUGUGUCACUGUCUGUUCCAGGCCACUUGCUACUCUCUGCUGAAUAAAGCCGCAGUUAAAGAGAAAAAGGAAAGCAAAAAAGCAGUGGUGAGUCAGCGUUUUCCUCACAACAGCAUCGGUGCCGUGGGCAGCGCCAUGUUCCUGCGCUUCAUCAACCCAGCCAUCGUGUCUCCGUACGAAGCCGGGAUCCUGGACAAGAAGCCUCCUUUGAGAAUAGAGCGAGGACUCAAACUCGUGUCCAAGAUUCUGCAGAGCAUCGCCAACCACGUGUUGUUCACAAAGGAGGAACACAUGAGACCUUUUAACGACUUCGUGAAGAACAAUUUCGAGGCAGCCCAAAAGUUUUUCUUGGACAUUGCUUCUGACUGCCCUGCCAGUGACUCAGUGAGUCACAGCCUCUCGUUUAUCAGUGAUGGUAACGUUCUCGCUCUGCAUCGGCUGCUGUGGAACAACCAGGAGAAGAUCGGCCAGUACCUCUCCAGCAACAGGGACCAUAAAGCGGUGGGUCGACGUCCCUUUGACAAGAUGGCGACUCUCCUCGCCUACCUCGGACCUCCUGAACACAAACCCGUAGCUGACACCCACUGGUCCAGUCUGAACCUCACCAGCUCCAAGUUUGAAGAGUUCAUGACCAGGCACCAGGUUCAUGAAAAAGAAGAGUUCAAAGCCUUGAAAACCCUCGGCAUUUUCUACCAGGCAGGAACAUCCAAGAACGGCAACCCCGUCUUCUACUACAUCACUCGCAGGUUUAAAACUGGCCAGAUUAACGGAGACUUGCUCAUCUACCACGUGCUGCUCACUCUCAAGCCCUACUACGCCAAACCGUACGAGAUAGUAGUGGACCUGACCCAUGUUGGCCCCGGCAACCGCUUUAAAACCGACUUCCUAUCCAAAUGGUUUGUCGUCUUCCCAGGCUUCGCCUACGAGAACGUAGCAGCCAUCUACAUCUACAACUGUAACACGUGGGUGAGGGAAUACACCAAGUACCACGAGAGGCUCCUCACCGGCUUGAAGGGCAGCAAGAAGCUGCUUUUCAUCGACUCGCCUUCAAGGCUGGCUGAACACAUCGAGCUGGAGAAGCAGAAGCUUCCGGCUGCCACGCUGAGCCUGGAGGAGGAUCUCAAGGUGUUUCAUAAUGCUCUCAAACUGGCCCACAAGGACGCCAAGGUGUCCAUCAAGGUGGGUUCCAACGCGGUGCAGGUGACUGCGGCAGAUCGCACACGGGUCUUGGGCCAGUCCGUCUUCCUUAAUGACAUCUACUACGCUUCAGAGAUCGAGGAGAUCUGCCUAGUGGACGAGAGCCAGUUCACCCUGACCAUCGCUAACCAGGGCACGCCGCUCACCUUCAUGCACCAAGAGUGCGAGGCCAUCGUACACUCCAUCAUCCACAUCCGCACGCGCUGGGAGCUCUCUCAGCCCGACUCCAUCCCACAGCACACCAAGAUCCGGCCCAAAGACGUGCCCGGGACGCUCCUGAAUAUCGCCCUGCUCAACCUGGGCAGCUCCGACCCUAGUCUCAGGUCAGCAGCCUAUAAUCUCCUGUGUGCCUUAACCUGCACCUUUAACCUGAAGAUCGAGGGCCAGCUGCUGGAGACAUCGGGUCUGUGCAUCCCGGCCAACAACACCCUCUUCAUCGUCUCCAUCAGCAAGACGCUGGCAGCCAACGAGCCCCAUCUCACACUGGAGUUCCUGGAGGAGUGCAUCUCCGGCUUCAGCAAGUCCAGUAUUGAGUUGAAACACCUCUGUCUGGAGUAUAUGACUCCUUGGCUGCUCAACCUGGUUCGCUUCUGCAAACACAACGAUGAUGCCAAGCGUCAGCGGGUCACCGCCAUCCUGGACAAGCUCAUCACCAUGACCAUCAACGAGAAGCAGAUGUACCCGUCCAUCCAGGCCAAGAUCUGGGGCAGCCUUGGUCAGAUCACAGACCUGCUGGACGUGGUGUUAGACAGCUUCAUUAAGACCAGUGCUACAGGGGGCCUGGGCUCCAUCAAGGCGGAGGUGAUGGCGGACACCGCUGUGGCUUUGGCCUCUGGCAAUGUCAAACUGGUGUCUAGCAAGGUCAUUAUCCGCAUGUGCAAGCUCAUGGAUAAGACGUGCCUGUCGCCGACGCCGACGCUGGAGCAGCACCUGAUGUGGGACGACAUUGCCAUCCUGGCACGCUACAUGCUCAUGCUGUCCUUCAACAACCUGCUGGAUGUGGCAGCUCAUCUGCCCUACCUGUUUCACGUAGUGACGCUGCUGGUAGCUACGGGGCCGCUGUCGCUACGCGCCUCCACGCACGGCCUGGUCAUUAACAUCAUCCACUCGCUCUGCACCUGCUCGCAGCUCAGCUUUAGUGAAGAGACCAAGCAGGUGUUGAGGUUGAGUCUGACCGAAUUUUCACUGCCCAAGUUUUACCUGCUGUUCGGCAUCAGUAAAGUCAAGUCCGCGGCCGUCAUAGCUUUCCGCUCCAGCUACAGGGAUCGCUCCUUGUCUCCGGGAUCGUACGAGCGUGAGACCUUUGCUCUCUCCUCGCUCGAGACGGUGACGGAGGCUCUGCUGGAGAUCAUGGAGGCUUGCAUGAGGGACAUUCCAGGUUGCAAAUGGCUUGAUCAGUGGACUGAAUUAGCUCAGAAGUUUGCUUUCCAGUACAACCCUUCUGUACAGCCCAGAGCUCUGGUGGUGUUUGGCUGCAUCAGCAAGCGCAUCACUCACGGUCAGAUCAAACACAUCAUCCGUAUCCUCAGCAAGGGUCUGGAGAGCUGCUUAAAGGUACCAGACAGUUACAACAGCCAGGUGCUGAUCGAGGCCACGGUUAUUGCUCUCACCAAACUGCUGCCCCUGCUGACCAAGGACUCGCCCAUGCACAAGGCUCUGUUCUGGGUGGCUGUAGCAGUCCUGCAGCUGGAUGAGGUGAACCUUUACUCGGCAGGCACGGCCUUGCUGGAGCAGAACCUUCACACGCUGGACAGCAUGCGUGUCUUCAACGACAAGAGUCCUGAGGAGGUUUUUAUGGAGAUCCGUAGGCCCCUGGAGUGGCACUGCAAGCAGAUGGACCACUUUGUAGGCCUCAACUUUAACUCCAACUUUAACUUUGCACUUGUGGGACAUCUGCUUAAAGGCUACAGGCAUCCCUCUCCCACCACUGUGGCACGUACAGUGCGCGUCCUGCACAUGCUCCUCAACCUGGUGGGGAAACAUCUCAACUGUGACAAGUUUGAAGUCAACACACAGAGCGUCGCCUACCUGGCUGCUCUGCUUACAGUAUCAGAGGAAGUGCGAAGCCGGUGCAGCCUGAAACACAGGAAGUCUCUGCUUCUCUCUGAUGUUGCCAUGGAGAACGUUCCCAUGGAGACGUACUCGAUGUGCACUCGCCACCCUAGCUGCAGGACAUUGAGAGAGAACCACACGUGGGUGUCUCCUAAAGUUUCCGAACGGUACUUGGUUGCAAACUACCCUAUCGUGGGGCAGAUCAGCCCUCGGACACGGAAAUCCAUGAGUCUGGACAUGGGCCAGGCGUCUCAGGCUAACACCAAAAAGCUUCUGGGGAACAGAAAAAGUUUUGACCACUUGAUAUCAGACUCUAAAGCACCAAAGAGGCCAGAGAUGGAGUCUGGCAUCACAACUCCGCCCAAGAUGAGAAGAGUGGCAGAAAACGACUACGAAAUAGAAUCCCAAAGAAUCUCUCAGCAGCAGCACCACCACCUGAGGAAGGUCUCCGUGUCCGAGUCCAACGUCCUCCUGGACGAGGAGGUUCUCACUGACCCCAAGAUCCAGGCGCUUCUGCUCACCGUGCUGGCAACGCAGGUCAAAAACACGACGGACGAAUUCGACCAGAGAAUUCUCUAUGAGUUUUUAGCCGAGGCCUGCGUCGUCUUUCCGAAAGUCUUUCCUGUCGUUCACAACCUCUUGGACUCGAAGAUCAACACGCUGCUGUCUAUGUGCCAGGACCCGAACCUGUUGAACCCUGUGCAUGGCAUCGUACAGAGCGUGGUGUACCAAGAGGAGUCGCCACCGCAGUACCAGCCCUCGUAUCUUCAGACUUUCGGAUUUAACGGACUCUGGAGAGUCGCUGGACCUUUUUCGAAGCAAAACCAGAUCCCUGACUACGCUGAGCUGAUUGUUAAGUUUCUGGACGCUCUGAUUGACAUCUAUCUGCCUGGGAUCGAUGAGGACGGCAGCGAGGAGGCACUGAGGAGCCCCACGUCUCCUUAUCCACCUCCGACCCAGAGCCAGCUCAGCAUCACUGCCAACCUCAACCUCUCCAACUCCAUGACCUCUCUGGCUACAUCGCAACACACUGCAGGUGUCGAUAAGGAGAACACGGAGAUGUCUCCUAACACUGCGGUUCCCAGCAGCGGACGCGCUCGUCACGGCUCAGCCAGCAACGUCCAGAAGCAGCGCAGCGCCGGCAGCUUCAAGAGACCAAGCAUUAAGAAGAUCGUAUGAAAACGGCGCCUUCUGCUGGGCCACUUACACCAUGCUGCAUUUCUACUCACACGCUCCUUCCUUCUUUUCUCUCCUCUUAGUUUAUCCUCCGUUUUCAGCCAUACGUUGCCUGACGAUCAAUAAAAAAACGCCAGGACUUAUGGGAAAGAAGUUCUCAAAUGUUGGAGAACCAGACAGUGUUUGAGGAGAAUUUUACAUGUUUAUAAAAUUAAACUUGAUUUAGUUUUUUUUAAUUAUUAAUAUUAUUCCACACCAGGUGACUAAAGGAAAAGCACUGAGAUUUAACAUUGAGUGUUUUGUAUGCUACCCUCCUCCUCUCACCCCCCCUCCCCCCCUUUUUAUUUCUUUUUUUUAUCAUCAGUUUUAAUGGAAACUCCUGAAACACACUUCUUUUUUUUCUCCACAGGGUUUUAAUUUUCGAACAUUCUACUUUUAGUAAAAGCGAUUUUUUUUUUCUUUUUUUUUAAAGUCUAUGGUCAGAUAGCUGGCUUUUAGCACUUCAAUUAGAGUCUAUAUUUCUGGACGUAUAUAGGCUAAUGACAGUUUUAAUAAAUAGCUAGACUGACUGAUAGAUAGAUAGAUAGAUAGAUAGAUACAGUAGAUAGAUAGAUAGAUAGAUGGUUUUGACUGUUGCAUGGUUGUUGCUUCCAGAUGAAUGGAUGGAUGCAUGUAUUUAAAAAAUCUAUAAAAACACCAUGUUGAUGAGGGCGAUCAGAGGAGAAUGGAGAGAUUGGUUGGAGCUGAUAGGAAGACCGUGAUAACACAACCACCUUUGUACGACCGUGAUGAGAACCUGAAGACAAGAACCUGAGGUUACAGGAGGCACAGGCUCAUCCAGUCUAGGCUUCUUCCUUGAAAUGAUCUAAACAGCAUUUAUUAUAGUGUAUCUCUCUCCCUGAUGAUGAUGAUGAUGAUGAUGAUGAUGAUGAUAUUGCUCAGUCCCUAAUCUGUUUCUGAUUAUUAACAUCAGACUGAAAUUUGUUUAGAACGAACUAUUGAUUGGUGUAAAUAAAUAGGUCUAGUUUCACAUCAAGUUUUGAAAUGAGGAGGAAACUAAAACAGGGCAGUUCAGCGUUUAAAGUUGCAGUUUGUAAGAUCUCUGAUAGUUGUAAAAUCUCAGAAAGUGUAGAAAUGAUACCGUGCAAUUAUGCUGCAGUAUUCUGUUGUCUCAUGCAGGGUGUAUUCGCUUCAUGCCUGUGUUCUUUGGAUAGGCUCCGGAUGCAUGACCCUGACCUGCAUGCAAAUAUAUAAUGAGUCCACGUGCAGUUCCUUACACAUGCAACAGAGGGAGCAAAAUAUUACUAACUGCACCUUUAGGACUCCAAUCUGUUAUUUAAGGGCAGGGUUCUGAAUCCUAGACGGUUAAUACUCUGUGUGGGUUUAUGUCUGCCUCACUUUUAUGCCAUUUGUACUGUAAUACUCUGGCAGAUGCUGAACUAUCACCACCACCAACCAAAAUACGUAAACAAAUGCAUUUUUUAAUCAGUCUGCGCUUCCCUGAGUGCUCUUAUCCGCAUACAUGAUGUCAUUGACUGUCCACUUGUCCACUGUGUCAUGUUAAAAGAUAUUUUAGUACUUUUUAUUGAAACUAAUGAACUUUGGCGAGGGAUACGAGGUGAGAUGGCACUGUGCAGGUUUUAAUGUUAAGGAUUUAUGACAUAUUUGUUCUUUUUUGCAUUUAGGUUGUUUUUUAUUAAUCCUGUUUUUAUUUGACAUUAUAAUAUUAUAACAUUAUAAUAUGGCUUUAUUCUAAUCGUCAGCGAGUCAGUGAGUCAGUGAGUGAGUCAGUCAGUCAGUCAGUCAGACAGUGAGUGAGUGAGUCAGUGAGUGAGUGAGUCAGUGAGUGAGUGAGUCAGUGAUUGAGUGAGUCAGUCAGUCACCAUUAGUGAGCGAGUUGAGUCAGAGACUGAGUAAGUCAUUGAGUGAGUCAGACAGUCAGUCAGUCACUGUCAGUGAGUGAGUCAGUGAGUGAGUCAGUCAGACAGUCAGUGAGUGAAUGAGUCAGUCAGUCAGACAAUCAGUCAUUCGGUCAGUCACAGUCAGUGAGUGAGACAGUCAGUGAGUGAGUCAGUCAGUCAGUCAGUCAGCGAGUCAGUCAGACAAUCAGUAAGUGAGUCAGUCAGACAAUCAGUGAGUCAGUCAGUGAGUCAGUCAGACGAUCAGUAAGAGUCAGUGAGUCAGACAGUCAGUGAGUGAGUGAGUUUAGUCAGACUUUCACAACACCUUAACUAGUUAAAAGUGUAAUUUGCUGACGUUAUGCAAAACCAUUUUUUAAUCUAUUUCCUGUUUUAUACACUUCACAACUGUACAUAAUUUUGUGUAAAAAAAAAAAAAAAGAUAUAUUUACUACACUGUAAAUACAUGUAACAAUAUAUUGUAUUAUUUUUGCUUUUUGUAAAACAUGUAAAACAUGAAGAUGUACAACAACGUGUAGGUAACAGAGACCUCCAUCACGUCCGCAGCUCUACGUCGUAACUCAUCUGAGGAGAAACAGAGAAGAUCAACGCCAUUGUAUAGAGCUGUUAAAUAAUCAUUUCACUUACUAUCUGAUUUCAUAUUUACACACCUUAAAAACACUAAUAAACUCAAUCCUGCCCAGGUUAUAUGUCA